AAAAAAACAGAAAAAAUGGCCUGUGUUUGCUGGCGAGGGAGGCAAAUGUCGAGGCCGGGGCAUAUUUGGAGUUGAUAUGAACAAUGUACCUUGUCGGAUACCAUUUGUUGUACGGAUUCUUUGUUUCUUAUUCUUGUGUUACCUUUUUUCUGUUUAACUGGUCUGGAUGCGGUUGUUGGCAAGCAGUUGAUUUGAUGUUGCAUUAGGCUUCCCCGUUUCCAUUUCCUGUUUACUGCUCUUGUGUUUUUUCUGUCCUGUCCUUUUCUCGGAGAAGAGAGAGUGGGGGUUAUUCUGCGUGCAAUGUUAUCAUGCAUAAUGAUUGUCUUGGUGAUUUUACCUUUAUCACUGUCAUUUGUCACCUCCAACUACCAGGUUGAUUGCUUUUUCAGGGGGGUGAAAGCCGCGCGUGUAUCUAUCAAGUUUUGCAGAGUCGAGGUGGGAUUGGGAGCAUGGCUUAAUACGAAUGAGAUGUUCAAUGCACUGUUGCAGCAAACAACAACCGACAUACGACUGAGGUGUUAUUGCAAUAAAUAACAGGUUGCCAAUUACCCCCACUGAGUUGCCGCGUGGCAAUUAUAACAACUCAACGUUGACAAACCUGUUAUGAAGCUGACUCUGGGCAACCUGACCGUUUGGAGGGGUUUCGUGGAGAUGCAAGCAUCAUGGGACGCGUAUGAGAAAGCGCAAAUAGUUAAAGCCGGGGUUUAAUUCCGUAACUGUUACGCGGAAAGAAGCCAAUAAUAAAACAAU